GGGGUUGCCGUUCAAGGGCGUUAUGACAAAGCCUUACAUAAUUUGAUGGCAGUCAAUUUUGAGUAACCGUGCACUUCCCUUCCUUCCGCUCGUAUCUGGCACGCCAGGCGCGUCCGUUUGUCCCUUCGCUCACUACCAGAGCCAUUCAUGGCAUCUUCUUAUCGUUGGCAACACCCUCAUGGUCUGGAAAUACUUCAAGGCAUUGUCAAAAGGCUUGUUCCGUCGUGGAAAGAUGGACUCACUGACAUCCAAGCACUGGCUGUUUCCCGGAUUCUCGGUGGCGAAGACGUCCUGCUGUGCACCGCAACUGGUAGUGGAAAAUCAGCUUCGUUUGCUAUUCCGAUUCUUGUACACCAAGAGCUCUCCCGAAAUCCAACAGCCUAUCCCAGAUUUCGCUGUCGGAAACUUCCUGUAGGCAUUGUGGUGACUCCGACGAAUGGUUUAGCGGCAAAUAUUGUAUGCAUCCUGUCUCCUCUACCUAUUAGUAUCUCUUUAGUAAUGAUGAUAGGUAUCUGGACUGAAGGACUUCGGGAUCAAUGGCCUGGCUUAUACCCAUGAGACUCUGACAGAAACUCGCAAAGCUGGA